CUGACUCACCCGCUCCUCCCUCCGUGUGUUGCAGGGGCGGGACAUCCCAUGAAGCCUCAUCGCCUGGCGCUCACUCACAGCCUCGUGCUGCACUACGGGCUCUACAAGAAGAUGAUUGUUUUUAAACCAUACCAGGCAUCCCAGCAUGAUAUGUGUCGAUUCCACUCAGAGGAUUACAUAGACUUCUUGCAGCGAGUGAGUCCCAACAACAUGCAAGGAUUCACCAAGAGCCUCAAUGCCUUCAAUGUGGGUGAUGACUGCCCAGUAUUCCCAGGCCUCUUUGAAUUUUGCUCUCGCUAUACUGGGGCCUCCCUACAAGGAGCAACACAGCUGAACAACAAGAUCUGUGACAUUGCAAUAAACUGGGCUGGAGGUCUACAUCAUGCCAAGAAGUUUGAGGCUUCUGGAUUUUGUUACGUCAAUGACAUAGUUAUUGGGAUUCUGGAACUGCUCAAGUAUCACCCACGUGUUCUUUACAUUGAUAUUGAUAUUCAUCAUGGAGAUGGCGUUCAAGAGGCUUUCUACUUGACAGAUCGUGUCAUGACUGUGUCUUUCCACAAAUAUGGGAACUACUUUUUUCCUGGUACAGGUGACAUGUAUGAGGUUGGUGCAGAGAGUGGCCGAUAUUACUGCCUAAAUGUGCCUCUGCGAGAUGGCAUUGAUGACCAAAGUUAUAAGCACCUCUUCCAGCCAGUGAUUAACCAGGUGGUAGACUUCUAUCAGCCCACAUGCAUAGUGCUGCAGUGUGGUGCUGAUUCUCUGGGUUGUGACCGCCUGGGCUGCUUUAAUCUCAGUAUAAGAGGACAUGGAGAGUGUGUGGAAUAUGUAAAGAGUUUCAACAUCCCCCUGCUUGUAUUGGGAGGAGGAGGCUAUACUGUUCGUAAUGUGGCACGAUGCUGGACUUAUGAAACUUCACUACUUGUGGAUGAAGCAAUUAGUGAGGAACUUCCGUACAGUGAAUAUUUUGAAUACUUUGCUCCAGACUUCACUCUUCACCCAGAUGUCAGUACAAGAAUUGAGAACCAGAACUCCAGACAGUACUUGGAUCAGAUCAGACAGACAAUAUUUGAGAAUUUGAAGAUGCUGAACCAUGCUCCCAGUGUCCAGAUCCACGAUGUUCCUUCUGACUUACUCAGUUAUGACCGCACAGAUGAGCCUGAUCCAGAGGAGAGAGGCUCUGAAGAGAACUAUAGCAGGCCUGAAGCUUCCAGUGAGUUCUAUGAUGGUGACCACGAUAAUGAUAAGGAAAGUGACGUUGAGAUCUGAGAGCUAUCUUGUGGGACUUUUGGAUGGUGGGAAGAUCCCUAAUUGGACACUGGUACUUGGUGGAGAUAACAGGGACAUGUGAGCCAGGAGAAAGUCUUUCCCUGGAGCUUCCCUUCAUGUUUGAUGCAUGUGACAGCAGCAUCACUGGGUUUGGCUGGCUAUCUGGGGAGGCAAGCAGCAGUGGAAUCUGGCCUUUAUCUCUACAGUUCCUGAGGCCUCUGUCACCACUAUGAAAAAUGGAAAUUCAAGUGGCAUUUGGAUUGAUGCUGUAGUCUUUGUUCUGCUGCCAUACAGCCCUCUUCAAAGCCUGGUCUUCAGUGGCUUUACCAAGUGGUCCUAGGCUAAUGGAGGCUCCCAACACAGGAAUGGAAAUCAGUACUGUGUUGCUUAGUACUUUCCUUCCCCUUCACAGCAUAACCUGAUGCAUCCUAGUCUCUCUAACCCUCUGCUUAAAUAACAGAUGUGAAAUUCUCUGAAACUUCUGAGGGUCACUUUGCCAGCCUUUCCAGACAUUCCAAGUUCCUGCGCAUAGACAAAAACCCAGUUGCAGACAAAGCAAAGCCAAUUUUGUGAUGGUGAAUAAGACUGAUGGAGAAAGGUGGAGGAGUGUAGUCUUUCUCUUUCUCCUGAAUAGAAUUGUUUUGUAUCUGCCAACAAGAACAUUUGAUAAAUAUAUGUCUAAUAUACUCUUUUUCCAAGAAGCUCAGAUUAGAAGCUCCAAGAAUGCAGGAGUUUGGUUGCAGGAGUCCUGGGUGUGGUGUUGUGCACUUCCAUCUCUCUUGUAACCUCUACGUACCUUCCCCACUUCAUGCCCUUUUUAUGAAUUGGUGAAGAUUUGGGCUUGUCACAUGCUCAUAGUAGAAAGCCUGCCCUCACUGAUGAUGCCCAGAUGACUUCAUUGUGUUUGGUGCUGAAGGAAGUGGUUCCUCUCAUGGUUCAUCUUUCUCCGCUAACACAGUGGAGAGAACUCUCUCCUACAUUGGCCUCUUGUUCUAAAUGCUGCUCUUCCCUUUCCUUGAUUGUCUGCUGGUGUCUGUCAGUAUUUGGAGAGCUGUCUUAGCUGUGGUGAUAGAGUGGGUGUCACUUUCCUGCUCUCUGUACUUUUGUUUUACUAAUUUUUUUAAACAUUAAACAAAAAGAUGG